AUGGGGACCAGUCUCACCGGACCUCUCGGCCUGGGCCCCAACUGCUCCUGCUCCACUGGCAGGUUCUGCUUCUGUGCCAGCUCCUGUAACUACAAAGACUACAAAUGCAACUUCUGCAGGAAGAGCUGCUGCUCCUGCUGCCCAGUUGGCUGCUCCAAGUGUGCCCAGGGCUGUGCUUGCAAAGGGGUAUCUGACACAUGUACCUGCUGUGCCUGA